AUGGAUGGGUUAGCACUAAAGACAGAUGCCGGACAUCGUCUUCUUGCACGAUACCGCAAGACACAGAACAGCAGGGAUCUCGACCAAUCCGUAACCCACUUCCAAAGUGCCUCGGAUCUCUGCCCUACGGACCAUCCCUACCGCCCUGCAGCACUGUUCAAUCUAGCCACUGCAAAGUUUAUUAGCUGCCAAGCUGACGGAAGAUACUUCGACCUCGACAUCCCUAUCUCUCUUUUUCAAGACGCCCUUGACUUGCGUCCUGCUGAUCAUCCGGACCGAACCGUCACCCAGCUCCAUCUUGCCAUUGCUCUGCUCUCGCGCUUCACAAAACGGGGAUUUCAAACGGAUGACUUGGAUGAGGCUAUCGCACUUCAGAGGGAAUCGUUGGCUUUGCACCCGGUCGGUCACACAAAUCGGUCUACGUCAUUAAUCAACCUCGCGUAUCAACUCUCCUCCCGCUUUGACCACCGAGGCAACGAUGGAGACUUGGAUGAGGCUAUCGCACUUCAGAGGAAAGCACUGGAUUUGUGCCCAUUCGGUCACACAGAUCGGUCUGCGUCAUUAAUCAACCUCGCGAUUGCACUCUCCUCCUGCUUUCGCCACCGAGGUAACGACGAAGACUUGGAUGAGGCUAUCACACUUCAGAUGGAAGCGCUGGCUUUGUGCCCGGUCGGUCACCCACAUCGGUCCAUGUCAUUAAACAGCCUCGCGGGUGAACUCUUCUCCCGCUUUCACCACCGAGGGAACGAUGAAGACUUAGAUGAGGCCAUCGCACUUCAGAGGGAAGCGCUGGCUUUGCGCCCGGUCGGUCACACCAGUCGGUCUGCGUCAUUACACGACCUCGCGGAUGAACUCUCCUCCCGCUUUCGUCACCGAGGGAAUGAGGAAGACCUGGAUAAGUCUAUCGCACUUUAUAGGGAAGCGUUGGCUUUGCUCCCGGUUGGCCACACAGAUCAGCCUGGGUUCUUAAACAACCUCGCGGCUCAACUUGUCUCCUGCUUCGACCACAGAGGGAACAACAAAGACUUGGAUGAAGCCAUCACACUCCAGAGGGAAGCGCUGGCUUUGCGCCAGGUCGGUCACACAUGUCGGCCUGGGUCCUUAAACAACCUCGCGGCUCAACUCUACUACCGCUUCCGCCACCGAGGAAACGACGAAGACUUGGAUGAGGCUAUCGCACUUCAGAGGGAAUCGCUGGCUUUGCGCCUGAUCGGUCACACAGAUCGGUCCGCGUCAUUAAACAACCUCGCAGCUCAACUUUUAUCCCGCUUUCACCACCGAGGGAACGACGAAGACUUGGAUGAGGCUAUCACACUUCAGAGGGAAUCGCUGGCUUUGCGCCUGGUCGGUCACACAGAUCGGUCCGGGUCCUUGAAUAACCUCGCGAGUCAACUCGCCUCCCGCUUUGACCACCGAGGCAAGGACGAAGACUUGGAUGAGGCUAUCGCACUUUACAGGGAAGCACUAGCUUUGCGCCCGAUCGGUCACACACAUCGAUCCAUGCCAUUAAACAACCUCGCAGGUCAACUUUUCUCCCGCUUUCGCCACCGAGGGAACGACGAAGACUUGGAUGAGGCUAUCCCACUUCAGAGGGAAGCGCUGGCUUUGCUCCCGGUCGGUCACACAGAUCGGUCUGGGUCCUUGAACAACCUCGCGGCUCAACUUCUCUCCCGUUUCAACCACCGAUGGAACAGCGAAGACUUGGAUGAAGCUAUCACACUUCAGAGGGAAGCGCUGGCUUUGUUCCCGGUUGGUCACACAGAUAGGUUCGUGUCAUUAAACAACCUCGCGAAUGGACUAUCCAUCCGCUUUAAGCAUCAACACGAUAGUAAAGACCUCGACGAAUCACGAGAAAAUCUACGAUUUGCAUUGACUUUGCUGACACAAUAUGAUCCUCGUCAAAUACUAGUCCAUAGGUCGCUAGCUGAGGUCUAUCUAUCAUUCCAUCUAUCAGGACUUACCUGCACCGGCGCGGGCAAAAAUACUGAUAGUUUGGAUGCCACCAUGCAUCAUCUCAAGACAGCGGCAAAUGUUGUCUCCGGAGGCUUGCUAUCCCGCCUGCAGGCAAGCCUAAGCUGGGUGCACCAUGCUAGUGAACAUUCACAUAGUACUCAACUCGAUGCUUAUGCGACUUCUAUGCAACUCCUGGACGCCUACGUGUCUGUGACGGCCUCUGUAUCGUCUCGUCAUAAUGCCAUGAAGGAAUUCCCAAGGACACUGGCCGCAGAUGCUGCAUCGUGUGCUCUUCGUAGUGGUGACGUGGGUCGCGCUGUUGAGCUGUUGGAACAAGGCAGGACCAUUAUCUGGACCCAGAUGACACGACUCCGCACGCAUCUUGACAUCCUGCAGACUCGCGGGGAUCACGCAAUGGCUCUGAUAAAGAGAUUCAGAGAUCUCAGCUCCCUUCUUGAUAAACCUCCUGCGAGCCAUCCAGAUAACAUCACAAAAGUCAAUGUGGAAGCUGAAGCGACCCAGUACAGACGUCUAGUGGGGGGGUGGAAUGGAACUGUAGAACAGAUCAGGAAGAUUGAGGGCUUUUCUCGUUUUCUACUUCCCCCUGUGUUCUCUGAUCUGCAAGACGCAGCUCGUGAUGGGCCCAUCAUUGUGCUCAUCGCAAGCAGAUCCUCUUGCGAUGCCAUCAUUAUCCCACACCAGCAACCUCCCGCUAGCAUUCAACUCCCUACCAAUUUCUGGAAACUCGCCAAAUUAGUAGUCGCACUCCGAGAGGCAGUUGACAAACAAGCCGGUCCUGAAGAGAAACCGAUAGCGCUCAUCAAAGCUUUGAGACAGUUGUGGGAGCACGUUGUCGGCCCAGUGGUCGAGAAGCUCAACCUAUUUGCACCACGAGGUUCCCGGAUAUGGUGGUGCCCGACGUCUCUCUUCAAUUUCUUGCCGUUGCAUGCUGCUAGCGAGUACACCGAACAUGGAACAUCCCUUUCGCAGCAGUACAUCUCUUCAUAUACGCCAUCGCUUACCGCGCUGAUGAAGGCUCGUGGAAGUCAUGACAGGUCCUCACCGGUGCCCUUCGUUGCCAUUGGUCAGGAUUGCCCAGCUGGUGCCUUAUCCACUUUGGAUGGUGUGGAGCCUGAACUGGAAUUGGUGCGGAGUCUUUUGCCCCCUCUCCCAACUGUUUCCUUCUCCAAGAUAACCAGCGUUGAUGCCACGAAAUCAAGAGCGUUGUGUGCAUUGCGAGACAAUACUUGGCUUCAUCUCGCGUGCCACGGCACACAGAAACUUGACAAACCCUUUGAAUCGGCCUUUCUUAUGCGCGACGAACCGCUUUCACUCCUUGAUAUCGCACAAACAGAUCUAUCUCGGCAUCAAUUUGCAUUUCUUUCUGCCUGUGAAACUGCAGUCGGUGACUUUAGUACGCCCGACGAAGUGAUACACCUAGCGGCCGGCCUGCAAUUCGCCGGGGUUAAGAGCGUCAUUGGGACAUUGUGGAAGGUCAAUGAUAGUACUGUGGAGCGCUUGGUCAAGGCAUUCUACAAAAAUUUGUGCGGGGAUGGCAAAAUGAAUUGCAAACGAGCUGCCUGGGCGCUGCACCGAGCGGUCCAGUCGUUGGCUCGUGACAAGGAGAUCCCCUUGAACCAGCGUAUAUUGUUCGUGCAUAUUGGCAUAUGA